AUGCCCAAUCUACCGCGAGUCGUGUCGCGUGAGCCGUUGCCACACGACGAGGCAAAGUGGACUAAGCUGGUCAAGGUCACGUAUGAGGACGCCGACGGCAAGUCACGCAUCUGGGAAUCUGCCGAACGCACCACACGGCCCCCAGCGACAGCAGAGCAGCCAGAUGUCGUCGAUGGCGUCGACAUUGUAGCCAUCAUUCGGGGCACCCCGGGCGCACCCGAUUCCCGCAUCGUCCUCAUUAAACAGUUCCGUCCGGCCGUUGGGCGCACUGUUAUCGAGCUCCCGGCCGGCCUCGUCGACGCCGGUGAGUCGGUCGACGAAGCCGCCGUCCGUGAGCUGCGUGAGGAGACGGGCUACGUGGGCCGCGUCAGCGCCGACACGGAAGCCUCGCUCUCGCCGUCGCUGACGCUGUAUGCCGACCCGGGCUUUGGCAACAACAACUUGCAGAUUGUGUAUGUAGAUGUUGACGGCGCCGAUGCGCGCAACCUGGAUGGAAACCGCCGGUUGCAGCUCGAAGAGGGCGAGCUGGUCCAGGCGGUCUUCACCGUGCCGCUGACCGACCUUUUCGUGACGUGCCGGCGCCUGGCGAACGAAGGGUAUGCCAUUGACGCGCGCGUGGGAACACUCGCCGAGGGCAUGGAGAUGGCCGGGCGGUAUUUGCGUCUAAAAUAA